AUAGCCAUUGAAUCUCUUUCUGCAUUUAGUGCAUCAACUCGAUACCUGAGUUUGGUGGAGAUGACAAGCACCUUGCUCUGCAAGAUCUUUGUCAUGGUUGCAGUGGCGACCUGCGUGUCUUCUCAACUUUCUCCUACAUUCUAUGACAAGGUCUGUCCACGGGCACUCCCCACGAUCAGAAGCGUGGUGAUGAAUGCCGUCCAAAAGGAGGCUCGCAUGGGUGCAUCCCUCCUGCGUCUUCACUUCCACGACUGUUUUGCUACCGGCUGUGAUGGGUCGGUGCUGCUGGAUGACACGGCCAGCUUCAAGGGAGAGAAGACAGCAGCUCCGAACGCCAACUCUCUCAGAGGGUUUGAGGUGAUAGACAGCAUCAAGGCUGCUGUUGACCAGGCCUGCGGCGCCCGCGUCGUCUCCUGCGCUGACAUCUUGGCUGUUGCAGCCCGAGACUCUGUGCUUGCACUUGGAGGGCCUUACUGGCAAGUGCCUUUGGGAAGGAGAGACUCAACCACAGCCAGUCUGGAUUCUGCAAACAAGGACAUCCCUUCACCCACUAGCAGCCUCUCCGGCCUCAUCUCUGCUUUCCGAGCAAAGGGUCUCAACCAGCAGGACCUAAUUGCACUUUCCGGCGCACACACCAUCGGCCAAGCACGCUGCCUUCUCUUUCGAAACCGGAUCUUCAACGAAACCAACGUUGAUUCCGACUUUGCUACUGAUCUUCCAGAUUCGUGCCCGGCCUCCGGCGGUGACAACAACCUCUCUCCUUUGGAUCCGACGACGCCGUACGUGUUCGAUAACAAAUACUACGCCAACUUGGUAGAGAAGAAAGGGUUGCUCCACUCGGACCAGGAACUCUUUAAUGGCGGAUCUGCUGAUGCUCAAGUCAGGUCCUAUAUGUCUGACCCAAUCUCUUUCGCAAGGGACUUUGCCAACUCGAUGGUGAAGAUGGGCAGCAUAAGUCCUCUCACUGGGACUGCUGGCCAGGUUCGCGUAAACUGCAGGAAGGUGAACUGAAGCGGACGUUGUUGGACGCUUUUGUUAUGUAUUAUGAACUAGAGAAUGCUACAUAUAUGAAGCAUGAAGGAAACCAGAGACCAAUGCAAGCUGUAUGUCUGGUUUCAGUAAUGAAAUAUAAUAAUGAUCG